AUGGCACAUUGGAAAACAUUCCCAUCGCCACCACAUCUCCAGCUCUCAGGUCUCAGCCAGUCAGUCCUUUCAACGGGCGGGCAUCACGCAGCUGAUGAAAUAACACAUAACGGUGGUUCGGACUCGGUGACUGUUGAUCAGCUCCGACUCGACCCGGUCGGUAUCUCAGCCUCCCUCACUCACUCAGAACUCGCACUCGCUUUCGGUGCUGUGGGCUACUGCACACCAUUACGGCAUCAAACCUCCAACUUACACCCAGUACAACUCACCCAUCCACGCACGUACGCAUCUGACGGCGGCCACCUCGCGGUUGCUGGUAAGAGCGAGUCGGUCAGAAAUUUUGCCGACUCGGGUAUUCGUCACUCAAACACUACCAUCGUCAUCGGGUCAGUUGUUGGCCCAAAUCUCGAAUCUGUACUCACAUGGAACACGGGGAACAGAGAUAAAAGAAAAGUUCACCUGCCGCAUGAGUCUCAGGACGGCCUCUCCAAUCAUUCCCAAGGGCUUUCUAUCUUCCACGGACUGAAACCUCUACAAGAAGCCAGCACAAUGAACUCAAUCAAGCCAAUAACUUCAAAACCGGCCAUACGCCGUGGUGCCGAGGAUGCAAAGGCCGACAACGACCAGACCAUCCGCAAUCUCGAAAAGGGCGCCUACCAUGACUGGCCCAACGAAGCCGCCUUUGACGGCCUCAAGGAAGAGCGCGGCCCCAUCGAGAUCCCCGUCACCGGCAUCAUCCCCUCCUGGGCUGCCGGCUCUCUCUACCGCACCGGACCUGGCCAAAGCAAGGUCGAGGGCACGCCAAACGGCACCUUUCGCAUCUCUCACUGGUUCGACGGCCUGGCGCACUCGCAUCGAUUCGAGAUCGUGCCCGUCGGCGCCCCACCCUCUCCAGACUCCGAUACGGGCCGGGCAACCUCCGGACCGACCCGUGUCCUGUACUCGUCCCGUCGCCAAGCCGAGGGCCUCGAGGCCCAGAUCAAGCGUACCGGGUCGUCCAAGAUGUUCAGCUUUGGUCAGCGGAGCGACCCUUGCAUUGGCUUCCUCGGCAAGUUCAUGAGCACUUUCCGGGCCACGGUCUGGGGUCCGCGCCUGCAGCACGACUAUGGCAAAGAGAACAUCGCCGUUGUCGUCCUGCCGAAUGCGCCCUUCAAGGCCAGUGUUCAUCAUCCUCGUAGUGAAGCCGAGAAGAAUGUCGAGGUCCAUACCGAGAACGAGACCUCCUUGCCGAUGCCGUCCGGUCAUCGCUCUGGUCUGCCCGAGAAUCUGUGGAUCACGACGGACAAGGCCGGCAUGAUGCAGGUCGACCCUGCCACGCUCGAGCCCAUCGGCUUCGCCACUCAGGCAGUCCUCCAUCCCUCCCUCAAGGGCCCGCUUUCCUGCGCCCACGCUCAACGCGAUCCCAAGACUGGAGACAUGUUCAACUACAAUCUCGAGAUGGGAGGACGCAACGCGACGUACCGAGUAUUCCGUGUCAGUGCAUCCACCGGACAGACCGAGAUCCUCGCGACCAUCGAGCGACCAGGCCUCAAGGGCGCCUACAUCCAUUCGUUCUUCCUCUCGGAGAACUACGUGACCCUCUGCGUCCCGAGCACGCACAUCGCCAUGAACGGACUCAAGAUCCUCUGGGAGCGCAACCUGCUGGAUGCGAUCGAACCCUUUGACGCGUCCAAGAAGUGCAAAUGGUUCGUCGUCGAUAGGCACCACGGCCGAGGCGUGGUGGCCGAGUUCGAGAGCGAGGCGGGCUUCUUCUUCCACUCGGUCAACACGUUCGAGGAGCCGGCCGAGGACGGCAGCGCAGCCGUCGACAUCCUGGCCGACGUCAUCGAGUUCGACAACUUUGACGUCCUGCGCUCGCUCUACUACGACGCCAUCCUGGACCGCGACGGCGCCUUCGGCCGCUUCCACCAGACCGAGGAGAAGAGGCGCGCCUUCGUGCCGCGCCUAGCCCGCUACCGGCUCCGUGUCGCGCCGCCGGCGUCCGAGCCCGCCAAGCCCACCACCGCCAAGUCGGCGGCGGCGGCGGAGCGCAUCCUCGCCAUCCCCGGCCCGCACGCCGGCGAGCUGCCCACCAUCAACCCGGCCUACGCGCUGCGGCGCCACCGGUACGUCUACAGCCUCGCGACGCGCGGCCUGGCGACGGUGGCCGACACCAUCGUCAAGACGGACACGCUGACGGGCGAGGCCGUGCUGUGGAACAACGAGACGGCGCACACGCCCGGCGAGGCCAUCUUCGUCGCGCGGCCGGGCGCGGCAGACGCGGACGAGGACGACGGCGUUCUGCUGAGCGUCGUGCUCGACGGCGCCGAGGGCACGAGUUACCUGCUGUGCCUGGACGCGCGGACAAUGGAGGAGAUGGGCCGCGCCGAGGUCGGGUUCGCGGUGGGACAGGGGUUCCAUGGCGCGCAUCACCCGCGGGCAUGA